UCAAGGAGGGAGGAUAUGGCUGGUUAGUCUCGCCUAGUUAUCCCAUACUAUAUGUAUACCUCCAUUAUUUACUGACGUUCAUGACCUUUAGGGUGGUGGUCUUCGGUGUAUGGCUUGUGAAUAUGCAUACGUGGGGCCUCAACUCGUCCUAUGCCAUCUUCUUAGCCUACUACUUGCGAUCCGGCACAAUCAUAGGAGCGUCCCCUCUGUUCUUCGCCUUCAUUGGCGGUCUCUCUUGUUCGAUAGCUCUUCUCGUGUCGCCCCUUGCCACUCAUAGUAUCAAAACUCUCGGGACUAGGAUCACACUCUUCAUAGGUGUUGUCUUCGAAGCCGGCUCAUUCAUCGGCGCCUCCUUCUCUACCCAUGCGUGGCAGCUUCUUCUGAGCCAGGGCGUCUGCUUCGGCUCUGGUAUGGGUUUCUGCUUCACAGCUACCGUCGGCGUUGUCCCGCAAUGGUUCACCAAGCGGCGAUCUUUCGCCAACGCCCUGGCAACAGGCGGUUCCGGAUUCGGUGGUCUCACCUACGCCCUGGGAGCGAACGCCAUGAUCACGCAUCUCGGGUUGGAGUGGGCAUUCCGCAUCCUGGCCAUCAUCUGCUUCGUCGUGAAUGGCUGCGUCUGUCUGAUCAUGAAGGAUCGCAACAAAGCCGUCGGAGCCAAGCAUAUAGCCUUCCACAAGGACCUCUUCUUCCAGCCUGAGUACUGGCUCUUCGUCGGCUGGGGAUUCUUUGGUAUCAUCGGCUAUAUCAUCGUCGUCUUCUCCAUUGCGGACUAUGCUUUACAAGCUGGCUUCACUAGCGAUCAAGCAUCGUUGGCGUCGGCCAUGUUCAAUUUAUCCCAAGCGCUUGGCAGACCUGCCAUCGGCCUCCUCAGCGACAGGCUAGGAAGGUUGAACGUCGCUGGAAUAGGGACACUUAUUGCCAGUGUAACUGCCUUCUUUUUGUGGAUUUUCGCCGGCAAAUACUUCGCAGGGCUCAUCAUCUACGCGCUCUUUGGGGCGGUAGCCGGUAUUCUCUGGCCAUGCGUGGGGCCUGUAGCAGCAGAGGUUGUUGGUAUACAGUUGUUGCCCGCAGCUCUUUCCGUCUACUGGAUUAUCCUGGUUUUCCCUGCCACAUUUGCCGAAGUGAUCGGAUUGAGUCUCAAGCGGGAGAUGAUCGGAGCAGGCGUCUACUUGAAUGUGCAGGUAUUCACUGGCUUCAUGUUUUUUGCAUCCUUCUUAUCCAUGUGGCUCCUGAGAAGCUGGAAACUCCGUCAGAUGGAGUCGCUCGGCCUGGAUGAAAAGGAGCAGGAGGCGGCCAUCCAUAAUGCCGCUGCCAUCCAUCCCAGCGAGGAAAAGAAGCAUGAGUCGACUUCUACCAGGCGACAACAAAACAUCGUUAUCUCGUACAUAACGAACAUGUUCGUCAUGAAGCGUCUGUAACUUCAUAUACGGUCGUUUACGAGGGAUCACGUAUAUAGGCCCCCCUUGGAUACAACAUCCUUCAUGUCAUUUGUGACGAUGAUCAUGAAAUACAUAGUCAAUGAAUUCUAAUCUUAAUCGACGACUCUCUUGGAGCCUGUACUCUUGAUGUUUCCUUCGAUUGACCACCGCAGUCUGGCAACGUUGAAUGGCCCACCUACAGUCCAAUACUGGUUUGUUUAUUAAUUCGAGACCUCUGGUUAACUUCCCUAGGCAUUUUCAUAUCGUAUUGAUUCGUUCCGUU